AUGGACGGUGACAGCUCAGCAAAGACCAUGGACAAGGGUGCCUCCGCUGCCUUGAGAAACGACGAGUUUGGAAACAGCGCUGUUCACGAGGACGCUGUUCCUAGAGGCGAGCCUGCAGGCGAGAAGACCACAGGCACCGGCACCUCUGCCUUCAGCGCAGACGGCGCAAUUGGCAAGCAGUUUACUGGUAUGUCUACUACCACUGAAAAGCAUAGAUCAAUGGCUAACCAAACACUAGCUGGCGGCAACAUCGGACAGAUCGGCGAGAAGGUCGGUGGACCAUUCUCAUCGCAGGGUGCAAUUGGAAAGCAGUUCACCACCGAGGGAUCAAUCGGCGGUACUGUCCAGCAAAACCUGGGCAGCGGCGAGAACAACACCUUCCAGAAGUAA